AUGGCGAUCGCCGGCCACAGUCACUGCGCGCAUUCGUUUGUCAUGAUCAAGUCAGACAAUACCCUCAUCGAGUGGAGGUGCCACGUCUGUCAUUGUGGCCCAUUCUGGUUCAUCUGGGAGUGCCGGUACUGCCGCCUUCACACAUGCCGGAGUUGCAUGGACAGCGCCUAA